UUACCAUAUUCAAAUUAAGCAAACCUUUGUCUUCCCUACACAAGUCCUUAGGUCAAGCAGUACUUCAAGAAAUGGCUACAAUUUUAUGUCCUCCAAAUUAUGUUCUACUAAUUUCCCUCAUGGUUGGCUGUUUCGUGGCUGCCUCUGCUAGCAACUUCUACCAGGAUUUUCAGGUUACGUGGGGCGAUGGGCGCGGAAAGAUUCUCAACAACGGGGAACUUCUUACUCUCUCGCUUGACAAGGCCUCUGGCUCUGGCUUCCAGUCCAAAAAUGAAUAUCUCUAUGGAAAGAUUGAUAUGCAAAUCAAGCUUGUCCCUGGUAACUCUGCUGGCACUGUCACGGCCUAUUAUCUGCGCUCAGAAGGGUCUUCAUGGGAUGAGAUAGACUUUGAGUUCUUGGGGAAUCUUAGCGGUGAUCCUUAUAUUGUUCACACAAAUGUUUUCAGCCAGGGCAAAGGCAACAAAGAGCAGCAGUUCUACCUCUGGUUUGACCCCACUGCUGAUUUCCACACAUAUUCGAUUCUUUGGAAUGCCCAACAUAUUGUCCUCUAUGUUGAUGGCACACCCAUUAGAGAGUUCAAGAACUCGGAGUCGAUUGGUGUUCCAUACCCAAAGAACUUUCCCAUGAGGAUAUAUUCAAGCCUCUGGAACGCUGAUGACUGGGCUACAAGAGGAGGUCUGGUCAAGACAGAUUGGACCCAAGCUCCUUUCACUGCUUCAUACAGGAAUUUCAAUGCGGACAAUGCCUGUGUAUGGUGGUCCUCUGGUUCCACUUCUUGCACUUCUUCAAAUUCUAACUCAACCAGGUCUGUUUUGCUCUCAGAAGAAUUAGACUCCACCGGCCAAGAGAGGCUUCAGUGGGUGCAAAAGAAUUACAUGGUUUACAAUUAUUGCACAGACACAAAGCGAUUUCCACAGGGCCUCCCUCCAGAAUGCACAGCCAACAAAUCUUAGACUCUAAUCUUGCAACCAAAUUUUGCAAAAGCUACUUAUUUAUGUAUUAAAUUUAUUGAGAUGUUUAAAAUAGGGUAUUUGAUUCGUCCAAAAAAAAAAAAGGGUAUUUGAUAUUUCUUACAAUUAGUGUAAUAUGUGAGAUAGAAAAUGCCGUUGUUUACUGUAAAAAUGUUAUUUAUAGUACAUUAUGAUGUUUAUGGUAUGGAAUUGUAAGGUGUUGGCUUUGAAAAGAAAGUUUGAGUGAAAAAACACUCCUAGAGUCAUUUCACUUUGAA